AUGCCAUUCCCGAACACGUGUUUGCACCAAGUCUUCCAAGCAAUCGUCUGGAGGGUGGAAAAAAAUGACCAUUCGAUGACUAAUGAAAUAGACAACUGUUGCACAGAACUAGGAAGAGAAAUUAGAGUAGGAUACACUGAAUGGGAUCCCGAAGAUCUUAUUCCCUUGUCUAAUUUUGUGAAGAUAGCAGCACAAGAGAAUCCUUUUUCUGAGGUUCUUAUCACACCAGAUAUGAAAUCUAAAACGGUAUCAAUACAUCAGCAUAUGGUCUUCAGCAAUCUCUUGGACUGAGUGCCGCUACUCUGAUCCCAUGCGACUUGGCAAACAUAGAAGAUCAACAUCCCUCUUACGACGCCCAUAAAUAUUAGAAUAUCCUCACAUCAGUUGGGCCGAUGAUUGAAUCCAGUAAAAGCGUUUUGAGUUGAACGAUUUUCCUUGAACCAAUGCACCAAAUACAAUCCGUAGCACACAUUGAAAAACGCAGAUAACUCAGCCAUCCAACAUUUUUAUUUCGCGUCCUAACCUAUAGACUGUUCAAUAUAUAUGAUUAAAUUAUAAAAUUGAGCUUUAUUGCAUCGUCCUCAACUACGUUUAUGUUAUGUAUGUUCACUGGUGGAUGCAGGCAAGGGCGUAGAGAAAGUAUUUUAUUGUGGUAGCACACUAGGCUGGAUAUUAAUUUUUUUAUAACUGCCAAGCAGUAACUGCUCACUGGAUUUGAAGUCAAUAUGAAAAUAUGUUCUCUAACUUUCAAAAGUGUUUAACCUUAAU